AUGUCAGCCAUUGAAGUAGCUCUUCGAAUCGAAUUUUGGGGUUCAAUUAUUUUAUUUUCAAUUGGAGCGCCAGGAGCGUUCUUCAAUGCAAUACUAUUCAUCAGCAUAAAAACAUUUCGUCAAACUCCAUUGGUUUUUUAUGUUGUGGGACAAUCAUUAGCCGAUGUGAAUGUUUUGUUGAUAGUUCUUCUUCAUAUAGUUCCAGCUACAUUAAUGUCGGUCUCGUCAAUUGUUUGUAAAUUAAUGGUCUUUUUUAUUCAAAUGACAACGUCUGUUGCAAUGAGCUUUCUUUGUUUUUCUGCAUUUGAUCGUUGGGCAUGUACAUCUUCAUCAGCUCGAAUACGCCAAUUAAGUUCAAUUCGUGUAGCUCGUUGUCUCUUUCCUAUUCCAUUUAUUCUUUGUUCACUUGUGAAUAUUCCUUUUCUCGUGUAUUGUGAUCUGAUACCACCGACAUUCACUUGCUGGUUUACAAACGAUCUCUUUAUGCGAAUAGGAGUUCUUCUUUUGUCUCCAAUUCUCAUUGUUUUUCUUCCUCUAAUUGUUUUAAUAUUGUUUGGACUAUUGGCAUAUCGUAAUAUUCGUCUUGUAACUCGUAUCCGUCAACAUCCACAUCAAACUCGUAUGUCAACAUGGGAACAACAAAUGACAAGAAUGAUGCUAACUCAAACUCUUCUCAGUAUCUUUUUUACACUUCCUCGAGCCAUUUACGUCGUUUACUCGAUUGCUACAAUUGACGAGAGUACAACGAGAAGUUUUGAGCAUCAGUCCAUUAUGCUUCUCGUCGAUCAGUUGACUGCCUCUAUCAUUUCUAUGAAUUUUGCUUCGUCUUUUUACAUAUUUCUUCUUUCAUCAUCACGUUUCCGUCAAACGAUUAAUAUGUAUUUGAAAUGUCGAUUCAAUCUGAGACAUCAUCAAAUAGGUCCAACAAACAUAUUACUCAUAGCACCAACAUUUACUGGACGACAGACUAGAAGGGACACUGUUCAUCCAAUCGUUCGAAUUGAAUCAUUUUGA